UUAGUGUGUUCAUCAAGGACAUCACAAAUUAGACUUAACUCUAGUUUAGUUUAUUUAUAAUAAGACAUUAUUUAGUAAUUUACGCUUAAAAACAUUUAUCCUACAUUCAUACAGAAAAGUGCCCGUUUAUUUAUUUAGAGACAUUAACGAAACAAGUGAAAGAUGGCUCAAGCUAUGGUGAAAAGAAUAGUAUCCAGCAGUGCUUGCACAUUUGCUGGUCUUGCACAGAAAACAUAUAUAAGAAAUGUGGCGGCAUCCAGCAAAGUGGCUGCAUCAAAAAAGGAGAGAGUGCUUCCAACUGAGGGGGAGAUCACCAAGUCAGUGUUCAUGUCUCAAUCGACUGAUAUUUAUACGAACUUGGCUCUGGAGGAUUGGUUGUAUAAGAACAUGGACUUCACAAAUCAUCAUGUUAUGAUGGUGUGGAGGAAUGAGCCAUGUGUGGUUAUUGGAAGACAUCAAAAUCCUUGGCUGGAGGCGAAUGUUCCACUACUUUCUGAAAAAGAAAUAGCUUUGGCACGUCGUAACAGUGGUGGUGGUACUGUUUAUCAUGACCGAGGAAAUCUGAAUAUAACAUUCUUUACCCCACGUGAGAGAUAUGACAGAAAUUACAAUUUGAAGUUGAUUAAGAGAGCUCUGUUCAGAAGUUUUGGCAUUAAGUCAACUAUUAAUGAACGUCAGGACCUUAUCGUCAGAGACAAAUACAAGGUAUCUGGAACAGCUGCAAAGCUUGGUCGCCUGACAGGAUAUCAUCACUGCACCCUUCUAGUCAAUGCCAACAAGGCAGAUCUCAGCAAAGCUCUUGCUAAACGUGAGCAUGGCAUACAGACAAAAGCGACGGCCUCAACGCGAUCCGAAGUGGCCAACCUGAAGGACCUGGACAACAGAAUUACGGUCGAGAAUCUGCAAACAGCGCUCGGCUACGAAUACCUUCGUACUCCAGCUCUGCACCUGGACGACGGCGGCCAGAGCCUGAUCGCAAAACAACGCGGUUUUCAGUUCGUCAACCCCACAGACGACUGGUUCCCGGGCCUGGCUGAAUUGAAGAAUGAUUUGGUUAGCUGGGAUUGGUGCUUUGGAAGAACUCCGAUGUUCACUGUCAGCCGUUCCUUCCCGGUGCCCAUAGGACUUCUUGCUCCGUCCAAAGUCUACUCCGCUACCCAGGAAUUGGUUAUUAAUAUGACGGUAGAAAAAGGUCUCAUCAAUGACGUGACCCUCAGCAUUCCUCCAGGGCUUAUCGAAUCCGGUUUUCACGGCGAAGCUUCAGUUAUAACUCAUCUUAAAGGGAAGAGGUUCACUUCGGAAGCUCUAAAUGCUCUCCAAGAUGCAAUGUUGACACGCCAUCACGUAAGUGACGUCAAGGAAUUGGACGAUAAAGAACAAUUUGUCGCUAAGUGUUUCGAUCAAGUAGUCAAUACUAUGUAAGUCUGAAUAUUUGUUUAUUUUUAGUAAGGAUUACAUUAAAUAUAACAAAAAAUACACGAUAUUUGUACAUAGAAACCUGUGAUAGUAAAUACAAAAUCAGAUUUGUAAACUUAGAUUUGCUCCUGUAAAUAUAGUUCGCAAUUAUUAGGAAAUAACACUGCUUGCUUUUUCUAUUAAUUAACAUUUCUAAAUGGUUUCUUGGGGUAUAUCUUAUUGUUAAAUUUCAGUCUGCUUCUUACUUAUGUGUUUUUAGUUUAGUGUUAUUUUUAUUUUGAUGUGAGCGUAAUUUGAAUAAUGACAAAAAUAAUAUGGAUUUUUCAAUAUUGUUGAUUGAUAUUUAAAGUGCCGUCGGUAUUUUAGUUGGCGUUGGCUGCGUAAUGAUAUUUUUGUACUUGGCCAAAUAAAGAUUUGAGUUUACACGUUACAGACACGUCUUAGGUAAUUCAAAUGAACCAUUUUCUUGGUUCGUAAAGAUUCAUAAGUGGACGGCUAGCUUUCGAAGCCUAGUGCCUUAAUUUAACCGACAGGCGUGACGGUUUCUAAAUACAACACACUGUAAAUAUAUACAAAACCCGCUAUAAUUGUGAAUUAAAUUUGACAUGUAAACGAAUCGAUCCACUAAUUAUUCCCAUAGCCACUGUCAAUGUUCCGUUUCAUUGUUAAUCAUGUAAUACUUAAUCUUUUAAUGCUAUAGCAAGCAAGUUGAAUCCUUUGAUGUGUAAUAAAACCUGAGUAGUGUUGUAUUAUUUUUGCCAAUGCAGCAAGUAUAGGCACGCGAAGGUAGUCUAACCCACUUAACACCGCCAACAACACGAAAAUAUUACUUUUAGUUGCCAGCAUUGCAUUUUGUCUUGUCAUUAUUUUUAUUACGAUUUCAAUCGGAAGUUGUUUAACUGCGAGUCGCACCCGUGUGCCGAGCGCAACAAGAAUGCAUCAUAUCAUUUGUUUUUAAUUUUGUUCUUAUAAUAGUUAAUCCUUUUAACUUUACUUAUCAAACAUUUCAUGUUUUGUAAUAAGUACAUAUAUGAUGUUAAUAUUAUUAUAUUUUUACAGUGUAACACUAUCGUUUUAAGUAGACCUUAAAUAACCUGAGACCAUUUCAUAAUACUUCUCAUUUUUAUUUCUUGGCAAUACCAGUCCAAAGCGGGGACUUUUUUGUAUGAAAUGGAUAUUAAUUUAAGUUUUAAAA